AUCUAGGUGAAUUAUUGUCAGAAGCGUUUUAUCGAUUAACAUAUCGAUUUUUUUUUCUUCAACGGAGUCUUAAAAAUCUUGCUUCACUACGUAGACUAUAGACUACGACUUCACAGUGACAGGACGUCAUAGACUAGAGUCUAGUUGCUUUGACAUACUAUUAACUCAUUGAAUGAUUGAAAACUCGCAUUCGUUAUUUAAAUGGUUGAUACGCCAAUAACAAGUUUUACGCCAGAGUCUGAGGACUAAUUCACUAAAUAACAAUGUCUGUUCUAGAGAUCUAUCUUCAGUGGGCCAACUCAGUACUUGCUGAGACCGGAAGUCACAUCAGCGGAGCAGACGCUGUCAAGGACGGUCAGGUAUUGUGCCAGCUUAUCGACAUCUUGGCUCCAAGUGCAGGUCUCGUCUCCAAAGUCAUUACAUCCGGCAGAUGUACAGCUCUCGACUACGUCACUGCAGCGCUUGAUCAUAUGCAAAAACAUGGCAUCCGGGUCAAGUUUCCAGCCGAAGACAUUACCAACAAUGAAAUUAAAUCAAUCUUGGAUAUUUUGUGGAUUCUUAUCCUUAACUAUGGCAUCCAUUACAUAGGACAAAAUGCUUUUCAGCGAAGUGUUGGAGCUGGUAAGAAGAAUCUUCUAGAAUGGUGUAUGGAGCAAUUAGGAACAACAUUUGAUUUUGGAAAAUCUCUGAGUGAAAACCUCUGUCAGGGUGAUUGGUUUGUCAAACUGUUAGAAAAAGCAGCCCUAGGGAGCUCACCAAGGCAUGAAAUGAAAACAGAGUAUAUUGAUACACUUCUUACUGAGAUUCAAAAUCGUUACGGCAUCAGGAAAGAAAUCUUAAAAGCUUCUGAUAUUGUGGAUGGGACUAUUGAUGAGCACACACUCAUGAUAUAUCUGUCAUUGUUUCGUAGAAGGUGUCCUAUUUCAAACAUGCAGUUAAGGAAAUCAUCCUACGGAGAAAAUGCUACAGCUGCUAGGGAUAGAUUUGCUGGUACACGAACUCAUCAAGUCUGUGACUCAAGUUUAAUCUCUGAUGGCAAGGAUACUGCAUACAGUAGAUCAGCUUCAGUGCAUCACACAGAUAGUUCUCAGUGGUCUUCAGUGCAAGCUGACCGGCAGGGCUCCCCUUAUCAAUCUCAAUCUUUAGAUGACGGCACAAUGUAUGAAACUGUGAUUGAAAAUGUUAAUUACUCCAGGGUCCCAGGUCUGCAGAGUAACGAGAGAGGUCCCCCACUCUACUCUGGUGGUACAAACUUUACAGCCAGCAAGAAACCUUCACUUAAAAGUAUGAGUGCUCCUAAACCUAACCUUCAGCGUCAGGGUAAAGUUAACAGUGGAUCUUUUAACAACAGUUCGAGUGGGAAAAACUAUCUAGAUGAGAAGACUUUAAGGAGCAGGGAAAACUCUAAUGAGUUUGCUGGUGGUGGGCAAGAAGAUAAUGUCAGAAUCAAAAGACCUAAAGACUACAUAUUGCAGUGGGAAGAAACAAUAGAUAGACUUUCGACAACCCCAAAUCAUGAUUCUAACCAUCUAAUGGGAAGAUCUAGAUCUUUUGAUUUAGGCAAACUUGACUCCUAUCAAAUACAGGAGAAAAAUUAUUCUAGGCGUAGCAAGUCUACUGAAAUUCCAUCAAAGCUCCAUUCUACAAGAUUAACAACUCCUGUUGAAUCUGCUUUAAAAAGGCUCCCAAAAGAUAUGCAAGAAAAUGCAAAGAGUGCGGCAAAGUUCUUUUUGCAAGCAGAUGUGCCAGAAGUUUUUGACCUUAUAAAUGUUAUCCAGUCAUCAAGAGUUAAGUCACCUAGUAGCUACUCUGAAAAUUUUUCUCAACAUAUUUUAGAUGACGAUGAAGAAACUUCUUUAAAGUCUGUGGGGGAUACUGCCUCAACAUUUAUGAGCCACAGAUUUCAGUCUUUGUCACCUAGAAGAAGGGCAGUUUCUCCUAUCCUGCGAGAAAAUGGUGAAGAGCGAGGCUCCAACACCAUGCUCUCUAUAUAUCCCAGAGACAGAUCUCAGUCACCAUCACCAACUAGUUUUAGCGAAUUAAAUAAUUACCCAACACUAAGCUAUAGGGAUUCAGAACAUAGCCUAGAUGUAUCCAGCUAUGACAUUCCUUUUGUCAACAGAGAUACACAGCUGCCACUCAGCAGUUCUGUUCAAGCCUCGACAUCAGUUGAAAAGAGAGCAGGAAGUGGUAGAAUACCACGGAGAGAGGCCUGGGAACAACAGAGGAGAUUUCAGAGCAUCGCAGAACCAAAUGCUAAUUCAGGAUUGAUGAAUUCACUCAGCCAGGAAAUCAAACUUCUUAAAGAAAAAGUAUAUAGGAUGGAAGAGGAAAAAGCAGAAAGAAGACGAAGUUUAAGUAGGUCGAGGCUUUUAUCGGAUGGUUCUCCAGAUGGAAGAGAAUUUGAGAAUUCCACAUUGCAGCACAGUAGAGCACGAGCGACAUCUUGUCCUCUCUUGAACAUGAACAGUCAGACAGCACUGGAACCAUCUUUGAUGCAUUUGGAGUGCAGGUCAGAAGCCAAUUUGUAUCAACCACUAAAGCCAAGAUCACCUCAAACACUUCUGACUGCUUACAAAAGCUCUUCAGGGAGACAGCCUUCUGUGACUCAUAGAGCUAGAAUGGCCAGUCCUAAUCCUAUUGGAACUAAUCAAGAUAUCUCUGUUCGAAACCAGUACGUCUCCAACUGGAGGCAGCUGAUUUCUAAAAGACCACUCAGUGAGGCGGAAGUAGCUGAACUGAAGAAAGCAUUGGCAUGCGCUGUCGCUGACAAUGACCUGCUGGUUUCCAGGCUGGAGAGUGCUCGGGAGGAGGUAUCUGAUAAACUCCGGCACACAAAUAGUGUUCUCGAUGAUUGCAGACAUCAUUUAGCCAAAGCUCAGGUUGAAAACAUGGAGUAUCGCUCAUUACUGGAACAAGAGAGACAGAAGACUUUGUAUUUCGAGAGAAGAGUCAAAGAGCUGGAACAUUAUUUUUCAGAGCUACGAGCUAACAACGAGGAACUUGAAAUGGAACUUGGACAAACCACCAGCAUGCUGAACAAGUCGAUCACUGAGACCAUACCAGAAGUACAAGCAUUGAAAUUAGAAAAUACUCAUAUUAUGUCGAAACUUUCAGAGGCUGAAAAUGAAAAUGAUUUUCUUCGUGAGGAUGUACAAAACUUGAAACAAAGACAUUCCAAAGCUAUGGACACGAUUGAAGAACUGAAAGAUAUAUUAUCCAAAGUCAGGAAAGAGAGGCAAGAGUUGUAUGAUGAAGUGGCUGCAUAUGACAGGCGUGAACAGGCUGCAAAGAUUUUGAAAAUCAUGAACACUUACAUGGAGAAAGGGUCAAAAGAUGAAGAAGAGAAAGAAAGAAGUUUCAGCAAAUGGAAUUCACAAAGUGCCAACCAGUAUUUCUCUCCCGCUGAAAGGCGUGCUUCUCCGACGAGGUACUUGCAUUCAAGAUCAGUCACUCCACCUUCUAGUCAACAAAGAUACUUUACUAGUGACGAUGGGUCCGUUGAGAGGGAGAUAUAUCCUCACAGGAGGAAUUACACUUCCCGUAGCAGAAGUUGUAGCCCACAGCAGUCAAGGUCAAGGUCUGUUAGUCCAGUCUCAAAGAAAUACACGCUAUCAGACCACAGUUUUCAAACCAAACGGCAAGAUAGCCCCAAAAAAUAUCAAAAUGGAUUAAUCAGUGAGGUUAAAAAGUCUCAAUUUUCUUAUGAUGAUUUUGAAUCUGGAAGUGAUAAUAUACCACGCAAAUCAAACAUCAAAAGAAGCACCUCUCCAGGUCAUAGUACCUUGCUAUCUAGUAAUUUAUCCCAGGGUAAAGCUUAUAGUUCAAUGCAAGAUUUAACCAGAAGCUCAAGUCCAAAGCCAGGAAUUUUGAAAAGGAAAAAAAUACAUAAAAUUGAGAGUACAGCCCCUUCAAGAAGUCCGAGUGCUUCCUAUGCUAGAUGUUUCAAGACAAGUUUGACUACAGAAAAGACACGAAAAAAUGAGAGACCGCUCCAUCAAAAAAGUGACCCAGGGGAGAUAGCUAGAGCCAUACAGAGAGAGUUUGACCAGGAUGAUCAGCUGAUUGAGGCUCUGUCCAGAUCAACUUUGCUUCAAAAUAAAUCUUGGUUUGAGCUUCAAAGAAUUCUGUUUUUAUAUUUUAAAAACACCAGUGAUACAGAUGAAAGUGGUAUCAACUCCAGUAUGAGCAGCUGUGAACACUCACUAAGCACUGGUAAAAGGUCACCACUUCUUACAGAGGAGCAGAGACGCUAUGCUGAUCAGCUGGUGCAGAAGUACACAGGAAAUGUUACCUUAUAAUUUAGCAACUUUCAUACUGUCUUUAGUAUUAAUGGUAUAUUUUUAAAAUUUAGUAUUGUACAAACAGUUAUUACUAGAAUGAUUUACAUGUUUUCAAAUUAUAUACCACAUUGUAGGAAAAUAGAACACAUUUCUGAAGGAUAAAUCCCAAUUGAUCUUUGUGAAUGUAACAGAACAUAUAGUUUCUGAUGUGGUUAGUGGCAUCAUUCCGAUCACAGCUAAUGCCCAGGCAUUCAUCCCAUUUCCAUGAGAUGACCGAAGGAGGCCAUAACAGUAACAAGAGUGACAUAUUUAUAACUAAUCCAGUGUCAUCAUGCAAUUUCGUUGCAUACAAUGAAGUUUUUCCAUUAAAAUAAAAAUGUCAUUCAGUAGAAAAUUUAGCAGCUCAUUUUUCUCUAGCUGAAAAUGUUUUCAUAAUUUUUAGUUUUAAUUUUUCUUUCAAAGAAAUAACUGAACUGCAAAUAUCAGUUUGUUACAUUAGAUCUAUUUGAUAGGGACUGCUCAUUUUAGGUCUCUAGUGCUCCGAGGUGAAACAUUUUAAAAUAUUUUAAUUUGAUUUGAAAGUAUGUCAUUCUGUGUUAAUGUUACAAACUCGACAGUUUUCGUACAUUUCACUGCUGUGAUAAUUUCUUUUUUUUUUUUUUUUUAAUUUAUAUAAAUGUCUGUGAUAAUUUGUGUAACAUUUUUUUUAUUGGAAUAUAUUUGUUCCCCUUCAAUUGUUUAAUGUUCCAGUAUUUUAUUUUACUUACAUUUUUUAUUUAUGAAAGUAUUUGUACAAGUUUUCAUUUCAAGAUUUAAAUGUGGAUUUACAUGAAUAUAAAUGCUUAACAGUGUACCCUUUUUGAAUAGUUGCUUUAAUAAAGAAUUCUGUAAAAAUAUUUAUACAAUUAUAAGAUAUUAUAAACUAUUAUUAUAUAUAUUUUGUCCAUCGUGGUUCGAUGAUGACCACUUUGUCGUCCAAGGGGCUGAGGACUUUGCAUUGGGGUUUUAUGCCUUCUCAUGUGGCUGGUGACACCUAUGUGAGCCCGAAAUAUUAGGCUGCACACUGGGCAGGUUAUUCCAGCUGGAGCUAGUGUCAUUGGCCUUGAUUUUCUUCUCUGGUGCUACUCUUCUGCCAGCGUUGUUCUCUUGUCCUCAGCAACCCGUGCGCCAGUUUUCGCAGCUUGACGCCAUGAUGCUCUGUCAUGUGCCUCUGUCUCCCAGGUGGCUGGGUCUAUGCUGAACGCCUUCAGAAAAGCUUUGAGGGUGCCCCUGAAGAUACUGAAACUAUUAUUAUAGUGUCUGUUACGCAGCAUUUGUUUUAAGGCUUUUUUUUUUGUUUUGCUGCAUGGAAAUGAUAGUUUCUUUGGACAUAAGAUGUAAUGGAUAUAAUGAUUGCACUGGAUAUAGAUUUCUUCCAGAUUAUUCUGUACCAGAAAGAUAAAAGUUACAAACAGUGGUCAUUUCAGCAUCUCAUAAACUUAAAUAGUGUAGAAAAAAAAAAGAAAUGUGUAAGUACAAGUUUGUAAACAAAUAAAAAAUGAUGUGUACAAAUGUGUAUGAAAGCUUUAAUGUACAGUUAUUUCAUUCAACAUACAAAAGCAACUCAAAUUUUUUUUUUCUUAUCUUAUCUUAUAUAAUACAGACGUUACUUCAAAAAAGGCUAGAUCUUAGUCCAAUUUUAGACUGUUUUUUUUUUAAAGAACUUAUAUUUUCUUACAAUUUAGUAGUCGUAUGUUAGACUGAUAAAAUUAUUAUUGUGGUCAGCUGUCUUAGAAAUCCUUUCAUAAUAAAAAAAAAACACACACCAUUUGGGCCAGGAUUUUGUGAUUCUACCACAGAAAA